GUCUAGAUAACAAUCGGUGACUCAAUUGUAUUGAAACAAUGAUAAUUUUUAGCAGCGUCGCAGAAUGUGGCGCGAAGAGGAUGACGAGGAGGACGAGGAAGAAGUAUAAUGAAAAUCAAAACGUUGACGUAAGCGUACAGACAGGAACUUAUCACGGUAGGUGACACAUCGAAGAUAACAUGGACUAUUCUUAUAGUAUGUGCGUAUGCGAUAAUUUAAAAGAUUUCAAGUGUGCCACGAUAAAUCAGUCGGUCACCGAAGGUAGACGCUGUAGCAGGUCGACAGUCCCGCCAACGAUUUCGCAACGUUUCUCACGCGUAAUUCCACGGUCUAUUACGAUAUUUAUUAGUCCUCAUUUUGAAAACAAUUGACCGACUAAUUACGCCGAGCCAGCCAGCCAACCGGCUCGACCUGUUCCAAUGGAAGAAACCGCGGAUUUUCCUUGUGACGCGCGUAAACGUGUAGGUCAGUUACGACAUGUGGAACAAUCGACCGCGAACGGAACAGCAAAUAAGUUUCUAGUCAACUAUCAAAAUAAAUCGUACGACAUACACGAGUUUCUGCGUUACCACCCUGGAGGCAAGAAAAUAUUGAACCAUUAUGAAAAUCGAAGUCUGGACAAAGCGUUCGACGAGAAUCCUCACUCAAAAGCGGCGUUACACCUGUUGCAGGAGUUCAUGUCGGACAACGAAAAGAAAUACCAGGAACACGAAAAACUGAUCGAUUGGGACGCGCCUAUACUGGGUCAAGUAGGCUCGUUAGGUGAUAAGUACUGGGAGUGGGUCAAUUUGCCGGUGAAUCGACAGAUUCGGCUGUUCAAAUCAGACGUUUUAGAAUUUAUGACGAUUACUCCUUGGUACUUGAUACCGAUUGUGUGGAUUCCAAUGUCUACCUACUUCAUCUGUAUAGGACUUACACGCAUGAACACUAACACCGGAAACGCUUUGCUUGAAGUCUUACUAUCGUACAUUUCCGGUAUAUUGCUAUGGAGUUUAAUAGAAUACGUACUUCACCGAGAAGUGUUUCACUUUAAACCACCAGCUGAUUCAAAACUACUUAUUACUUUACAUUUCGUAAUUCAUGGUGUCCAUCACAAGGCGCCUUUCGACAAUAGGAGACUGGUGUUCCCCCCGUUACCAGCUUUAUUAAUAGCAAAAGGAAUAUGGAGUGUUUACGAAGCAAUAUUUUCCGCAACGAUGUUUCCUUUUGUGACAGUUGGUACAUUAUCAGGCUACGUUUUCUACGACUUAAUGCAUUAUUACUUACAUCACGGCGCGCCGAAAGCCGGGACUUAUAUGUACAAUUUGAAAAGGGUUCAUAAUUAUCAUCAUUUUUCACAUCACGACUUAGGUUACGGAAUCAGUAGUAAAGUGUGGGAUUAUGUGUUCGGAACGACUAUUUGUUUGCGGCAACUGGCAAAGCCGAUCGAAUGGUAAAAAACGACUUAUUAGAAUAAACUUACGUACGCUUUAUAUAACAAUUCUUUUCAACGAGCAAAUAGUACAAAUGACGUCAACUAUAUUUUACGAUCGAUCGUUCGAUGGUAAAAUCUAUUUUAAGUACAAAUGAGGAACAAAAUGUACAAAUACACUACAAAAAGUAAUAAUAAGAACAAACUAAAACACCUGUACAGAUCGAUGCUAUAAUCUUAAGUACGUAUACCUUUAAAUGUGUAAUUAUUUUUUUUAUGAAGAUAAUUUGAGCAUACCGGUGUCGAUGGUUGCCCGGUGCAACGGUGAGACUGGUUGAUAAAAGAAUAAAUUAUAAAUAAAUAUGUAUAAUUAAGA